AUGGCUAUCAUAAGUGUGUUUCUUUGGUCUGCGGUCAUACUACUGCUCGCGUACCGAUUCUAUCUACACAACAUUAAACGGCCUGCCAACUAUCCGCCUGGACCCCCACGGCUACCCAUUUUUGAAGACUACGGACUGUUGCUGCUACUCAACCAUCGACAUCUGCAUCGGGCUGCAUCCAAACUUGCCCGUUUCUACAAAACCAAGGUACUUGGUUUGUCACUGGCUGGCUAUCCAACGAUCAUUGUCCAGGAUCACGACAUUGCCCGGAAACUGUUGGCAAGACGCGAACUCGAUGGACGACCAAAUAUAUUUUUGGCCCAGUUGCGUCAAAAGGAAUUCAAGCUACGAGGAAUCAAUUUCAUCGACGGUACAAGUUGGAAGGAUCAACGUUGGUUCUUUUUGCGGCAUUUGCGCGAUUAUGGGUUCGGUAGAAGAUCGGAACGGUACGAAAAGGAGUUGGAAGAGGAGCUACACCAGCUGGUGGAUUUGCUAGCGUCCGGACCUCGGUAUGAUUACGAACGGGACUUCAUACAAGCCGAAGGAUUCGUCAAAUGUCCGGAUGUAUUUUUAGUGACGUUUUCGAACAUGUUCCUGCAACUGGCAAUCGGUGAACGAUACGAACGUGCGAGAGCCAAAUCGUUGGUGCAGGGUAGUCGAAAUGGACUACUAUUCGCGCGGAAUGCCGAUGACUACGGAACCAUUUACAGCUAUUUCCCCUGGCUACGGUUUAUAUUCCCGUUCAGUAUCAAAUAUAACAAAAUUCGUGGUGGAAUGAUGGGCUUGUGUCAGCUGAUAGAGGUCAUCGUGAAUAAGCAAAUGGAAACGUUCGAUGCCGCUAAUCCUCGCCACUUUGUUGAUGUGUAUCUGCGUGAGAUGCAGAAUCAUUUCCCUCAGGACAAUGAAGUCACAUUUCAAUACGAUCAAUUGGUUUUAGGUUUGGCAGAUUUUAUACUUCCUGCAACAUCCGGAGUGGCCGUCCAACUUUCAAUGAUUCUCGAAAGACUGUUGCUAAAUCCCGAGGUUGCUAAACGAAUGCAGCAGGAAAUUGAUGACGUUGUGGAUAGUGAUCGACUUCCAACGCUUGACGAUCGCACCAAUCUACCGUACACGGAGGCAACGCUACGGGAGUGUCUGCGAAUCGAUACACUAAUACCUUCGGGACUCGUACAUCGUGCACAGCAAAAUGUAAAGUUUGAAGAGUACAACAUACCAGCAAACACACUGCUUUUGUUCAAUUUGGACAGUAUCAACAAUCAGAAGGAUGUAUGGGGUGAUCCGGACGCCUUCCGGCCCGAUCGUUUCCUGGACGAGACAACAGGCAGCCUGGUGCUGUCGAGAGAUCGAUCGCUAACGUUUAGUAUGGGUAAACGAGAGUGUCCUGGACAAACCUACACCCGAAAUACGAUAUUCUUGAUACUGGCUACACUCAUGCAGCGAUUUAAUCUUUCCCAAAGGAAAUCUGAUCCUUUGCCAGAUAUUUCGAAACGGCGUACGGGGCUGUUGUACGGGCCGGAUGAUUUUUGGAUACGAUUUGUGCCGCGCCAAACCAUUUAA